CUGUCCUUGCUCUGCUGAGUGCAGCUGCCCACCAUGGUUUCCCAAGUACCCCAGCAAAGGGAAAGCUCCCUCCCCUGUCCCCGCCAACCACAUGCAGGCCCAUGCUGUGGGGCUGGAGGAGCGUUCCUCCCAGAGCUGGCCAGAUGCUCGGCCCUGGCUCCAAGCAACACCAGCAGCAGCUGCUCUGCUCUUUCCUUCCAGGUCUCUUUGCUUGUGUGGGCUGCAUGCCCAGGCGUACGCGUCGCAGGGAGAGAAGCAGGGUGUCAAGCCCUGUCCCUACCUGCGCCGUGACUUUGUUGCUGCAGUGCCUGCAAGAUCGGGAGGGUGACCGAGCGCAGGCGUACUGUGAGCUGGAGAGCGCCCUGUGGGAAGAUGACAGCCGCCCGCCGUGCGGAGUGGUGAACCGGCUGCUGGCAGAGGUGUCCCAGGACCUGACGGCAGCCCAGGGCGUGACCAGCAAUGUGAGGACAGCUGCCAGCAAUGUCCUGGUGGCUCUGGCCCGGACGCACUUCACCUUGGUGAUGGCCGAGCUCCAGAGCCACCUGAAGGCCGUGGGGGAGAUGUCCAAGGAGUUUGUGCUCAUCACCCUGAGCAAACUCUUCAGCACCUAUGGUAGAGUGCCCUCAGCCUCCUGA